GCAGUCUGGCAAUUGCAGAAAGCAAGGGAGCGAGCUAUUAGAGUGCCUCUGCGUCGCGAACGAACGAAGAACCCAGAGCGACGCAAAUCCGAGACUGGAAGCUUCUAGAUUCGUUAAGUACAAAUUCGGUGUGCACCACAAAUUCACGGCAUUCUAUUUUAUGGAGAAGAAGUCAUAUUUUGCUCUAACUCUAUACCCAAUUUGGAGCACCGGUUUGAAAGAUUUUGAGAGUUGAGGGAAGAAAUUUGAUUGAAAUAUGCUUCAGAUUCGGCUUAGUAAGGCUCCUGCAUCAGAAGGGUCAGCAGGGGUGAAGCUGUCAUCUGUUGAGACUGUUACAGUCGCGUGCCCUGACCAUUUGGUCCUUGCUGAUCUUCCUGUUGCAAAGGGCAUUGGGGCAGCCAAUGCUGCUUCUCUUGUUAAGACUUUGGGCCGUAGAUCCCGCCGCCAGCUUGGCGAGCGAGUUCACUUCUGUGUUCGCUGUGAUUUCCCCAUCGCUAUUUAUGGACGGCUGAGCCCUUGUGAACAUGCCUUUUGCCUAGACUGUGCUAGAAGUGAUUCAAUGUGCUACCUGUGUGAUGAACGAAUCCAGAAGAUUCAAACAAUCAAAAUGAUGGAAGGAAUUCUCAUAUGUGCUGCUCCUCAUUGUCUCAAGUCUUUCUUGAAGAAGGCUGAAUUUGAAUCUCAUAUCCAAGACAGCCACGCUAACCUUCUUCGACCCAAUACAGAGAAAGAAGAUGGAAAUGAGUCAGAGGCACAAAGUGUCCGACAAUCUACUGCUUCAGAUUCCACUGCUCGAGGUCCCCAAAGGCCUGUUUUUUCUCCUGGUUCAAAUUCCCAGCAACAUGAUCUGGAAGACAAAACUCGUCGACAGCACCCAAGAGAGCAACCGCCCUCAAGGUCAACUAUGCAGCCAAAGCCACCCUAUUUUGGUCAGCAACAUCACCCUUCAGAUAACAUGUCUGGCUCGGUUGGAGGUGUACAACAGGGCUUUCAUCAACAAAAUUUUGAUGUGCAGCAUCCCCCACAAGAACCUUCUCAGUUUGCUGACAGGCAGCAAGCAGUUGGUCCAGAGACCCCGUUUCCUGAGUAUCCAGCAAUGCACCCUACACAACCUUCCAAUAUCCCCUCACUGGUUACUUCAAACCCAAUGAUGAAUCCUCCUAUGCCAUUCGGUUAUCCCCCUUACCCACAUGAGCGAGCUCAACCAUUUUAUGCUUCUCCCUUUGAUAUGCCUAGGCAGGACUCAGCUUCUGAAAUAGGUGGGGACCAGAGUUCAUUACUGGGUUUCCCACAAGGUGUCCCAAGUGGCCCCAAUUUUCCAGGAAAUUAUCCCCAGCCCUGGCAUUCAGGGGUUGCUGGUGUGCCUUUUGAACAAGCACAGGGUGGUAUGGUUGUGGAUCCAAGGGAUGCCAAAGGUAUAUUGGCACCCCAACCCAUGCCCCUGCCACCACCACCUCCACCACCACCGCACAUGUCACAUUUGAAACAGAACUACUAUUCUGGUGAGCUUGGACAUGAUGGUCAAGGUUAUGGGUGGCAGCAUGACAACCGUGAUAGCUAUGGAGGUCAAGGAUAGUAAGGCUUCCAAUCAUUAGUUUCUUGGAUUAGGUUAGGUUGCUUUUGAGGAUGUUUCUGUAUGCAUAUUUGUCUUAUGCAUCAUUCAAAUGCUAAACUCUAAACUUUUGGGCCUAUUUUCUGUUUGUAUAUUUUAAUCGAAUUGAGUUUUUC